GCGGGCUCCGGCAGGGAAGCGGAACGCGCUGGGCGCGGGGGCUGCCGGGAAGGGUUGGGGCUCAGCUGGGCCUGUACUUGGGCACGCGGGGGCCCCGCGUCAGGGCGGCGCAGGAUUCUCCAGCCCGGCCGGCCCGGGGGUGCGGCUGAGGUGGCGCUACCAGCCCAGAGCGAGUGCGGGGAGCUGCCGCCAUGCACGACGCCUUCGAGCCGGUGCCGAUCCUGGAGAAGCUGCCGCUGCAGAUAGACUGUCUGGCGGCUUGGGAGGAAUGGCUGCUUGUUGGCACCAAACAAGGGCAUCUCCUCCUUUACAGGAUCAGGAAGGAUAUAGGUUGCAACAGAUUUGAAGUGACACUAGAGAAAUCCAACAAGAACUUCUCAAAAAAGAUUCAGCAGAUUCAUGUUGUUUCCCAAUUUAAAAUUCUGGUCAGUUUGUUAGUCCCAGCUCUCCCGACUCCAGCAUGUGUAGAAUGCUGCUGCCUGCGUUCUCAAAAUAACAUUUAUGUCCACGACCUGUUGACAUUUCAACAAAUCACCACAGUCUCUAAGGCAAAAGGUGCAUCUCUGUUCACCUGUGACUUGCAGCACUCUGAUACAGGGGAGGAGGUACUGAGGAUGUGCGUGGCAGUGCGGAAGAAGCUACAGCUGUAUUUCUGGAAGGACAGGGAGUUCUAUGAGCUACAGGGGGACUUCAGUGUGCCGGAUGUGCCCAAGUCUAUGGCAUGGUGUGAAAAUUCUAUCUGUGUAGGUUUCAAGAGAGACUAUUAUCUGAUAAGGGUGGAUGGAAAAGGGUCCAUCAAAGAACUGUUCCCCACAGGGAAGCAACUUGAACCAUUGGUGGCUCCCUUAGCAGAUGGAAAAGUUGCAGUUGGUCAAGAUGAUCUAACGGUAGUACUUAACGAAGAAGGGAUCUGUACUCAGAAAGGUGCCUUGAAUUGGACAGACAUUCCCAUUGCUAUGGAACAUCAGCCUCCAUACAUCAUUGCGGUGCUACCAAGGUAUGUGGAGAUUCGCACUUUUGAACCCCGGCUGCUGGUGCAGAGUAUUGAGCUGCAAAGACCACGCUUCAUCACCUCUGGAGGUACGAAUAUUGUGUAUGUGGCCAGCAAUCAUUUUGUUUGGCGUCUCCUUCCAGUCUCCAUAGCAACCCAGAUCCAGCAGCUUCUCCAAGACAAGCAGUUUGAAUUGGCUCUGCAGUUGGCGGAAAUGAAAGAUGAUUCAGAUAGUGAAAAGCAACAACAGAUUCAUCACAUUAAGAACCUCUAUGCCUUUAACCUCUUCUGCCAGAAGCGCUUCGAUGAAUCCAUGCAGGUUUUUGCCAAGCUCGGUACAGAUCCCACUCAUGUGAUGGGUCUGUAUCCUGACUUGCUGCCCACUGAUUACAGGAAACAGUUGCAGUAUCCUAAUCCUCUGCCAGUGCUCUCUGGGGCUGAGCUGGAGAAAGCACACUUAGCACUCAUAGACUAUCUAACUCAGAAAAGAAGUCAUCUGGUAAAGAAGUUAAAUGACUCCGACCACCAGUCCAGCACCUCACCCCUCAUGGAAGGAACACCCACCAUCAAAUCCAAAAAGAAGUUGCUCCAAAUCAUUGACACCACCUUGCUCAAGUGUUACCUACAUACAAAUGUAGCUCUGGUAGCACCAUUGCUACGACUGGAGAAUAAUCACUGCCACAUAGAAGAGAGUGAGCAUGUACUGAAGAAGGCACACAAGUACAGUGAGCUGAUAAUACUGUAUGAGAAGAAAGGGCUGCAUGAAAAAGCUCUGCAGGUGCUAGUGGAUCAAUCAAAGAAAGCCAACUCUCCUUUGAAGGGCCAUGAAAGGACAGUGCAGUAUCUACAGCAUUUGGGCACAGAAAACUUGCACUUGGUGUUCCUCUAUUCCACAUGGGUGCUCAGAGACUUUCCUGAUGAUGGAUUGAAGAUAUUUACAGAAGACCUUCCUGAAGUAGAAUCCCUGCCUCGAGACAAAGUACUCAACUUCUUGAUAGAAAGCUUUAAAAGCCUGGCUAUCCCUUACCUGGAACACAUCAUCCAUGUUUGGGAGGAGCCGGGCUCAGAAUUCCACGAUUGUCUGAUCCAGCUGUACUGUGAGAAGGUGCAAGGAUUAAUGAAGGAAUAUCUCUGCUCCUUCCCUGCAGAUAAAAUUCCAGUGCCUGCUGGAGAGGAGGAAGGGGAGCUGGGGGUGUAUCGGAAAAAGCUGCUCUGUUUUCUUAAGAUUUCUAGCUGCUAUGAACCUAAUAGGCUUAUCAGUGAUUUCCCCUUUGAUGGCCUCCUAGAAGAACGUGCCCUGCUGUUGGGUCGUAUGGGGAAGCAUGAACAAGCCCUCAUUAUUUAUGUCCACAUUCUGAAGGAUACCAAAAUGGCUGAAAUGUACUGCCAUAAACACUAUGACAGAAGCAAAGAUGGCAACAAAGAUGUGUAUCUGUCUCUGCUCCGGAUGUAUCUAUCCCCACCUAGUGUUCAUUGCCUGGGGCCAAUCAAGAUGGAACUGUUGGAGCCUCAAGCCAAUCUCCAGGCUGCCCUGCAGGUUUUAGAAUUGCACCACAGCAAAUUGGAUACUACUAAGGCUAUAAACUUGCUCCCAGCAAAUACUCAAAUUAGCGAGAUUCGAAUCUUCCUAGAAAAAGUCCUUGAAGAAAAUGCCCAGAAGAAGCGAUUCAACCAAGUACUAAAAAAUCUUCUUCAUGCAGAAUUCCUGAGGGUUCAGGAGGAGAGGAUUUUGCAUCAGCAGGUGAAGUGUAUUAUCACAGAGGAAAAAGUGUGCACUGUGUGUAAAAAGAAGAUAGGAAAUAGUGCAUUUGCCCGAUACCCUAAUGCAGUAGUUGUGCACUACUUCUGCUCCAAAGAAGUCAGUACGGCAGAUACCUGAAACAUGUUGCCAUACGUUAGAUGGACUGCACUAGCUACUACACUCGCAUGAAAUACAGAAGUGAAGACUUGUUUAGGAAAAGUUGAUGCUCUGAAGUUUUGAGGCAUGUUGCUAGGAACAUGUUAUAAAUAGCUUGUACCCAGCAUGUCUCUGGACUGACUCUACCUACAACUUGGCAGCACUGACUUAUUUGAAAAUUGACAUUUUUAACUGUUAAAUUGCUGGCAACUAUAUAUACCUCUUAACACAUCAAGAUGAGGAAGAAUGGAAAUUGACCAGCAAUGAGCUAGUAUUGUGCUCCAAACCUUGCAGGCUAGUUUCUGAAUGCCUUCUGUGGUGUUUACCAAUGAGGGCAUGUUUUAAAGUAAAUAUUUUCUAUUAAGGUAAAAACUUCUUGAUCUGACCUUGUUUGUGGCGCACUCCAAUAUUCCUCAAAAGGUAAAAAUCCUUGAAAAGUCACUGCAACUGUAUUAACAUUGUAUUGAAAUCUAUUUUUAUCCACCAAGUUGUGUGUGUGAGGGGGCGGGGGAGGGAGAGGGAGAGUGAGCAAGAGGAUGAGGCUCUUGUGCUUUAUACUUCACCUUUCUCCCAGUGUUGGGAAUAACUAGAUGUUGAACAAAGGAACUUUUAUCUUGGAUGCCUAGAGUGCUUAUCAACUCAUCUUCUGAUAUACAGAAGUUCCACAGGAGUUAGUCAUACACAGUAGGCUUCACUGGUAAGCAUUUAUUUUUCCCUUUUUGACUUUAGUUUGUUAGAGGAAUGUAAAUAUGAAUUGGCUCACACGCUGUUUGCACUGUAUACAGUCACUUCCAACGUGAGUUUAUGCUUUUGAGAAGCAGCAAUGACUAUCUGAAGAAAGGAAGUUCUCACUUGCACUUGUACCAAAAAGAACACCCCCUAAAAGUAACAUUUUUGAUAGAGACUGAAAUGUAUCUCUUGCUUGAGCUUCUAGAGAACAUUUGAGAUCCCUAUGCAUGUAAAUAGCUCUUCAGUCUCUAGUUCUCUCUCCAACAUGAAAGUAAAAUAUAGACUGCAUUUUGAUGUCUCUGAGGGCUUUAGAUCAACUCCCUUUUGCCCAGGUUGGUGGUUUUUGUUCUUUUUAAAAAAGUUUUUGCUUUGGUCUGAGGAUUCUAAAUACACACAACUGGAUGCAGUAUACUUCUUCAUAGUCUGUAAUACUUUUCUUAUUUUUCCAUGAACUUUAAUCUAUAGCAAAGUUGAUAUAAGGGUACUUGCAUGUUCACUUGCUGUACAAAGAAUCUGAGCAGCUGUGAACAAAGUCAGCAGUAGCACAUGGUUCAGCAUCACUGAAUGUGGGUAAUAACAUCCUGGUUUAGCCAUACUUCUAAAAUUGUGUAUUAAAUGAUAUGGAGCAUGGCACACAAUUAUCGUACACAUUUUCCUUUAAAAUCUAUCCUACUCCCCAAACAAGGAGUUGAGAAAAUAAAUUUUAAAAACAAAAACCCAUCUGCCCACAAUGUCAUUGAAUUCCACGGUUUACAUGUUUAUUUAAGUCCCUUUUUUAAAAACACUCUUAGCAACAGGUCUUCUGUAGGAUAAAAACGAUCCUAUCUCACCUUCAAACUCUGCAAAUACCAUACUGUGGUUAUAUAGCCUACUCCUUCUGCCAUCUGUUUUUUGUUUCCAGACCAUGGUUGCCACCAACCUUAGAUGUCUUGGGUAAUGCUCCUGGUGGUGCCUUUCUGUAGAGGUUAGGGGAGUUCCUGUGCUGAGAUGGACUUACUUUUUAACCUUCUGUUUGAACAAGAGACCCUAAUACAUGCAUGUGUUCAGUUUGCACUUAUUCUGCAUAGUGUUUAUAUGCUAGUUCAGAUACAAGAGGAAGAUGUUUGGGAGCUGACAGUGAAAGAAGGGUAUCUUUCAAGGACCUACAGUUUUUUGCAUACAGAAGACAAGACCUUCCUGAUAUUGGUAAGGAGGCUAGGUAAAUCAGACUAUCUGCUGCCUGUAAAUCUGCACUCUCACAGUUGGGGUCUGUAGUUUACUCUUCUUUCACGGUGACGCUUACAUGCCUCUGUUAGCUUUUUUGCAUACAUUUGCAGAGGUGUGGUUUGCGCUGCAGUUCUGCUGUCCUCAUACUGUGGUUUGGAUUUACUAACCAUAUGGAAGUCUUGUUUAAAGCAAUAUAUUGUAAUAAUAAAUAUUGUGAACCAG